AUGAAGACUCGUGUACCUCGCGAUCAGCCGACGCGACAAAAUCUAUUCCUCUUCCUGCUCGUUUCUCUCUUGUUCUUCUGGAUUAUUGCUGAGCAUAAAUUCACGAACUCCAAGUUUCUCUUAGCCUUGACCAAUUUGCCAACCUACACGAACCCUGCCAAUGACAUUGUCUUCCACAAUGCCAUCAACUCGUCUGAAGCAUCCGGCAAUUCUGAUCGUACAAUCAGUAACGACUGUUUGGUACAUACCUCGCUAAACGUAUCGGCGGGAUGGAAGAUUGAUGGCGGGAUAUUGGAACAAGAAACGGCCACCUGUGGAAAGUUAAGGCGAAAGUGGGAACACAAUCCACCUGAAUCACCUCUUGCCAAACAGAUGGCGAACCAUCAGUCAGAUUGUUCCAAACCCAUUGCCACGCAUUAUUUGGAUAAUACAUACGGUUUGGGGUCCCAUUUGAUCUUGUGGGGUCAAGCCAUGUGCAAUGCCAUGGAGCAAGGAUACCGUCUUCAUUCUUCCAUCAAAGUGGAUUCGGAAUACAAACAGUGGAUUUGGUUGGAUCAAGAAUACUGUGCUACACAAGACGAGCAUCCCAUGACCUGUUAUUUUCCUUGGGCCGAAGAGGAAGCUUGCGCUCUUGCCAACCAAGAUUCCACUGGAAAUAUAAAAUUCAGCUACAAUUUUACGAAUGUUACUGUUCAGGACCCACGGGCCUACCGCUGUGCCCUGACCCAAAAAACGGUUGGCAUCACAGAACGAGACGAGUACCGAGCUUCAGCUACCGAAUACCUCUUUUCUCACGUCAGUCCACUCGUCAUUCAAGAAGCCCAACGACAAAUUGGAAUAAUCUUUGGAGACCUGCCGAAUGCCAUGGCGCCAGAGAAUCUCAUCACUGUACACAUUCGAUGGGGCGACAAGUUUUGGGAAAUGGACUUGGCCAAGAUUGAAGAAUACAUUGAUGCCAUCCAAUCGUUAAUCCAGUCGGAUGCGAGUUUGGUCGGUCCAGAUGGACUGGUCCAUAUUUAUUUGGCCACUGAAGACCCAAAGGCUCACGAUGAGUUCUUGGCGGCGGUCCCCAAUGAUUGGAAGGUAUAUGCAGAUAUAACCUUGCAAGAAAUCAAUUCAUUUCGACCCGUCAAGGGAAAUCGAGCCUCUCAUGCCACUCGAAAUACCAAAGGAAGAGCCGGACUGGUAGCCAUGGGCAGCCUGCUAGUGGCGCUCGAAGCCAAGGCAUACGUAUUGACCACCAAAUCGAACUUUAGUUCUUUGAUCAAUCAUCUGCGGCGAAAGAUUGUGAAUCGACAGUGUCGCAAAAGUGAAGGGAGAAUCAACGAUGAUGAUAACGGCGACGAAUGCACGGCUGCCAUUGAUUUGAGACCUGAUGUUUGGUAG